AUGACGCCGGCGAGUUCUAAAUUUGUUGAUGUUCUGAAAAACAACAAGCGAAUCGUGCACGCUGCAACAAUUUCCAGACAUUUUGCUUGUUAAAUAAAGGUGCAAAUUAUUUCCCGCGUGCGCACACAUCCCCGUAGCACAAUGUCCGACAGUGAGCAGAGCGUGUACGCAAAGCGGACGAAAACAAUCCACUACGGUUCGCUGGAGGAAUCGGAUCGAUGGCAUGUGGACCGGAAAGACAACGAUGCGGAUGGUUCGGGAAGGACCGACUUCAGCCAGCUAACCACCGCAGACUACAUGGCCCUGGAUGAGGAUGUCGCCAAAGAGAAAGCAGCACUGCUGGAGGAAUUCGAGCGAAGGAAAAAAGCGCGACUGAUUCACGUCAGCACAGACGACGGCGAGGUGAAGAGUGCACUGCGGAAGCUGAACGAACCCAUCUGUUACUUUGGCGAAGGUCCCGCCGACCGACGGUUACGAUUGAAAGAACUGCUCUCGGCACUGGGUGAAAAGGGUUUGCCGGCAGCGAAACCAGCUAAGGAAGAGGAGAAACCGAAAAGCCAGCAAAAGGAAACGAACGAAUCGACCUGGUAUCACGAGGGGCCGGAAAGUUUGCGUGUGGCACGGUUCUGGAUAGCGAACUAUUCACUGGCCCGGGCCAAGAAGCGGCUGGAGGAGGCGAGCGAAAAGGUACGUCAACAUUCGGCCACCAAGGCGGGCCGGAUGGUGGAGCUGCAGAAACGGAUCCAACAGCUGGCGCCGCAGUGCAGUCAGGUCGGCGAUACCCGACCAAUCACCGGUUGCACCAUCAACGAGGAUUCUACACUACUGCUGACCUGCAGCCUGAGCUCCCUGUGCAAAGUUUGGUCCGUACCCGACUGCACCUUGAAGCAGACGCUCCGUGGGCACAAGUGCAACGUAAGUGAUGUGGCCUUCCGGCCGGGUGUUGCCAACGAUAGUAAAUCGGAAGUAGCGAUGGCUUCUUGUAGCUUCGACGGUUCCGUUAAGCUCUGGGCGUACGACAACGAAGAGUCGAUUGCCGACAUCAGCGGGCACGUGCCGCACCGGGUGGCGAAACUUGCAUUCCAUCCCUCCGGCCGGUUCCUGGGGACGGCCUGCUACGACGCGUCCUGGAGACUGUGGGACCUGGAGCAGAAGCAGGAGGUGCUGCAUCAGGAAGGCCACACGAAGGCGGUCCACUGUAUCGCUUUCCAGGUGGACGGUAGCGUGUGCGUUACUGGUGGUGUGGACGGGUUUGGCAGAGUGUGGGACUUGCGGACGGGCAGAUGUAUCAUGUUUCUCGAGGGCCAUCUGAGUGCGAUUUAUGGGGUGGAUUUUUCGCCCAAUGGUUACCACAUUGCGUCGGGCAGUCAGGACAAUUCGUGCAAGAUCUGGGAUUUGCGAAGACGACAAAUGGUGUACACAAUUCCCGCCCACCUCAACCUUAUUUCGGACGUGAAGUAUCAGAAAAAUGGUGGUAACUUCCUUGUGACGAGCAGUUAUGACAAAACUGCAAAGAUUUGGUCCGAUAAAACAUGGCAACCGCUUAAAACGCUUUCCGGGCACGACGGACGGUUGGUUGGUGUAGAUAUUUCGCACGAUUCCCAGUACAUAGUGACUGCAUCGUACGAUCGCACGUUUAAGCUGUGGGCAUGGGACUAGAUUGGGAGGUGGGCGCAAAAAGGCACGACGCCCCCUGUUCCGAUGUUCUGCCCAAGCCAAUCAAUAAACCCGUGGAAGUGUAUCGUGCGAGAGUGGUAAAACAGUGUGUAAGUUUUUCAAUUAUGAGAAGCAUUUAAUUGUAACAAUUAAUUGUUAUUAGACAAUUAGAAGAAUCUGUCAAAUGCAACCCACAACAAAAAAAACUGAAUGAAGCACGGCA